GCGGGUUGCGUCAUGCUGCGCCGGAGAGGUGACGCAAGAGUCCGGCGCUGUGUGUUCACGUACGCCACGCCUCCUCCCGCUGCCGUUUCCUGCUUUCCAGAAGACUACAGGCGCAAUGAAGUCAUAGAGCGCAAACCCUCCGAGACUUUCCAGCAUCAUUAUUGGGUUAAACCUGUGAAUUCUGAACACUUGCAUUCUUCAGAUGAAGGAGGAAGCAGGAGUUGACCUACCCCAGGCGUUGCCCUCUGGGCCCAGUGCCUUUAUCCCAAUUGAAGAGAUUCUAGAGGAAGGGGCAGCACAGGAAGUGAUGUCAGAGGCUCUGUUGUCAGAGGGACGUGUAGACCAUAUCAACACGAUGAUGGGGCUACAUCCCACCUACCUGACCUGUUUUCUGCAGACCCACAGUGCUUUGCUCCAGCUGGAUGGCCCUCUGCCUCUGUCAUGGAGACAUUUUAUAAUCAUAUUGGCGUCUGCACGUCACCAGUGCUCGUACCUGGUGCAGCAUCACAGCUCUGCUUUUCUUCUUGCUGGUGGAGAUGAGUCCUGGCUUAGAGGACUUCACUGUGCACCUCCCAAAAUACAGCACCUGCAGACACUCAACAAACUGCUUGCACACAGACCCUGGAUCAUCACCCAGGAACAUAUACAGGCGUUAGUUUGUCCUGGUGCUGAGGCUCGGUGGUCCCUGGCAGAACUGAUUCAGGCUAUUGUAUUGAUGAGCCAUGCCCACUCUCUGGCCUCAUUUGUUUGGGGUUGUGGUGUUCUCCCAGAGCCCGAGCAGUCAGGAGAUGAGUCUCUCCAAAUGUGUUCACCCACAGAGUCCUGUUGUGCCCGAGACACGGCCAGAAAUCAGCAAGAGUGGUCUGAGGCUGUGAACGAGGUUAAGCUCUUGAUGGAGAAGAUGAUGAUAGUUCAGCAGCAAGGUGAAGAGUUUACACAAGAAGAGAUGGUUACUCGCUUUGAAAGAGAAAGGACUGAGAGUUUGCUGGAACUUGCUGAUGUACAGCGUUCUGUCCUUCCUGAUUGUUUUUCGAGGUUUGUUGUGGAUGCAGAUUUUACUUACCAGGAUUUUAGUCCUAGAGGAGUGCAGGCCCCCCCAACCAUGAGAGCUCAGGACUAUUCGUGGGAAGAUCACGGUUUCUCUCUUAUGAACAGGCUGUAUGGAGAGAUGGCACAGCUUCUGGAUGAGAAAUUUCAGGUGGUGUGUGCGCUCACGUAUCACACCAUGGCCAUGCACUCGCACGUGGACACCUCCACACUCCGCAAAGCCAUCUGGAACUACAUUCACUGCAUCUACGGCAUCAGGUAUGAUGAUUACAAUUAUGGGGAAGUCAACCAGCUGUUGGAACGCAGUUUAAAAGUGUACGUUAAGACAGUGGCUUGUCACCCGGAGAAAACCACACCAAGAAUGUACUUCUCUUUUUGGAGGCAGUUCCGCCACUCAGAAAAGGUCCAUGUGAACCUGUUACUGAUGGAGGCUCGACUGCAGGCAGCUUUACUUUAUGCUCUCAGAGCAAUUACACGCUACAUGACCUAAUAUGCGCACAAGAGCAUUAAAACAAGGGAUGACCUGUAUACACUACUAUGCUCUGAUUGUAGCGUGUGUUAACACACAAAUUGCACACAAACACACUUUAAAAGCACGAAGGCUUAAGAGCAAUUU